AUGUUUGAUACUGUCAUUGACACGGCCCUCUCUGUUGCCUCCCAAGCCGGUGGCCUUGUCCUGGAGAAUUCCACUGCCGCUGCCGCCACUCUCACCGUCUUUGGGGGCGUUGUCGGAGCGGGAGUUUACCUCUGGGGCGAGAAGGGCUCGGAAGGCACGGUGGACGAGAGCCGUGACCCCAUCACUGGCGCCGAGCUUGACAAGCCGGUUUCGGAAGAGGAGGAUGGGACGGUCGACGUGGGGACUAUCGACGCGGGGACUGACGACGUGCAGAAGAGGGUCGGUGCUGAAGCUUGGAGUACGGUGAGGCGGUCCGAGGACGCUGGGGACUUGAAUAUGCAUCACAUUGCUUUGUAG